AUGUCUGGGGUCAGUGGAUGGAGGGAAGGCAGCAGGUACAGGACGCCCGCUGCCUCCAGUACCCCGUUUUCCUCUCAGGGUUAUCUCUGGGAUGGCAACAAUAAAACAGAGGAGGCUGAAAGCCCUCAGAAGCUGACAACAUCUGAAGAGGAGCAAAGCAGCCAAGCAUCAGUCUACCAACAACAGCAAGAGCAGUAUGUUGGCCCAUAUGUCUUGAUAACUCCAAAUGAAACCAGAAGAAACCAGUUGCAGCAAAUUGCUAAGAAGGAGCUGGAUAACCUGGAGCGGUGGAAGGAAGAGCACAGGCCAGGGCCAAUUAAGUUGCUUCCACAGAGACUGGGUGGAAAGGAAUCAGAGGCUCAAGCAAGGCAAAAACAGCAAAUGAUGCUCAUGCAAUCUAAAUACCAGCAAAAGCACAAGAGGGAAGAAUAUGUAAAAGCAAAAAAGGCAGCUGAAGAAGCUGAAAAUCUGAAAAAGAAAGCAAUUCAGAGAGAAAAG